UGACAUCUAAAUAGAAGUACAUCUGUUUUACAAAUGCUCUUUGUUUCUCUUAAGUGCAUAAUGUUCUCUGUUCAGUCAAGAGCAGUGCACAUAGACCCUCUGCUGGUUGUCUUUAGUAUUACACAGCAAAGGACUACAGCAAAAAUAGUAAGAAGCUAUAAAAACAGCAGUGAGCCUGCUGACACCUUCAACAGAAUACGAUAAAAAAUAUAUAUAUAAGAAGCAAUUAUAUAUUUAAUUAAAGACUACAAAAGGUGCAAUGGAGGAGCUGUGCAGUUAUGAAGGUAUGUGUAUUAUGUACAGAGAAAAUAUUGUAAAUGUCUUCACAGUGUGCAGUGUAAACAGAAAAUACAGUCCAGUGUGUGUUAAUGAAAUGCAAAAAGUCAGUGUCAGCCUUUCCAUUACUGCACACGUCUCUGAACAAGGGUUGUUCAUUAGAGUCAAAACUCUUACUUAUGGCACUACCUAUUCUUAUGAUAAUUAGUUAGUGGAAAUUUUAAUUUUAGAGAUGUGAGAGUUAUCAUCUUGACCCCCUUUCAUUCGUUAUUUUCUGCUCAUGUGAUGCAUAUCCUGAUUCCAGGUUGCAUUAUUUCGACUUCAUGUGAUAAACUUAAUAUGGACGACAAAAGACAGUCCAGAAUAACUGCAGAAAAAAAAAAAAAUGAUCCAGUUCCACUUCCAAUCAGGACACUGCAUGGUCUUUUGAGAUUGAAGAUGAAACACAUACACUCUGGCCUGUGCAGUCACUAGAUCAAAACCCUGCUGCUCACCUACAGAAAUAAUGGAGCCACUUCUUCAGCGUUCUCCAGCACCGUCAUCAAAACACCAAAUGAGGGAACAUCUUUAAGAAGAAUGUCUUUCAUGCCAUGAGUGGAGUUCAGAGCACUUUUAAUCAAACAGCACUGAAGGUUCUUCGGAGGCUCAUGGCAGCAAGACAAUUAUUUAGGGUGGUUUUUGCUUGUUUUCCUGUAAAUUGUCCCCCCCCCUCUGUAAAUGUGUGGUCUGUUUCUCCACACAUAUUCCUCACUGUCUGCUACUCAGCUGUUUCUUGAUGGAUAAAUUACGACCUUAUUAUGAUCUGGCCUCAGUGACUUUAAUAGCAGUCAUAACUCAUUACUGCCUGCAGGGAAAUGCUAUUUUUGUUUGGACAGGUAGGUGAAAGCUGGAGCUCAGCAACUGUUCAAGGAUCAGUAGGGGCUGAUGCUUUCUGACAUGAGGGCUUAACUCUGCUUUUAAGAGGGAUUACUUUGCCAUUCACUAUUUAAACAUCAGUAAUGACUAUUUCCUGUUCAUUGGCUUGUGCCUCGCUAUCGUUAUAACUACUAGAAAUAAACUUGCUCUACAGGUAAAAUUAAUACAAAUCGCUUUUCUUAAUUCAUCACCACUUGAUUCUGUUGGGUUUGGGUUGUUUAAAAAUAAAAUCUAAUUUAGAAUGUAUGCCUUUUUUCUAUGGAUUAUGCAUCAAUGAAUCAAUUUUUUUUCUUGCGUGGAGAGCUGGAGCUGAUUCCAGCUGUCAUUGGGUGAGAGGCAGGGUACAGCCUGGACAGGUUGCCAGUCAAUCACAGGAGACAAACACGUAGAUACAAACAACCAUUCACACUCACACUGAGGGGCAAUUUACAAUGACCCAAUUCACCUAAAGACUGUGGGAGUUCCCAGAGUACCCAAGAUGCAAACUCAACAACCGGCAGAGGAUUCUUCAGUUUGAAAUAUGAAGCUUGUGACCUUCUUUUUUUCCUCUUUGUAUUUUGCUCUGUCCACAGGUUUCAAAUGUAUGUUUGCACACCAAUUAAGCACAAUGCGUGGCUUGAAAACUGCAUUGUUCAUGUCAAACAGUAUCAAUUACUUGUGGACACGUCACAUAUUUGACAUGGUGAGAGAGAGAAACUUGAUCAUCUAGUUCACUGUGUGUCUGUGUUUAAUGAUGAUGCCACAUCCUGGUUUCACAAGGAGGAGGAUGAGGGCCGACAAGUUUUCUUUGCAUAUCCAAACAUCUGCUCCCACAAGGCAGGGUUGAAGGAAUUAUCAGGGAGCGUGUUCACAGAUGAUUUGACACAGAAGCUCGGCUGGAUCUACAAUAUCUUGUUGACAGGAAAAUAGUGGAAGUAAAUUUCAAAGACCUACUGUAACAAAAAGUCCUCUGAUCUACAGCAGAUAUGAGAUACCAAGUGUGCGCAGUUUUUCAACUUGUUGCUGUUGUUGCUGCCGUCCUCUUAUUCGUAUGGGGUGUAAGCAUUACAUUUGAUCUACAGAGUGAUGCACUGCUAUCUCUUGGGUUUUAUGACAGUAAUCCAAACAAAGCAGAAUCAAUAGAGGCGGCAAAAAAGUGCAGCCUAUCGCAAGUUUGUCCCCCUGAGUCUUUUCCUUUCCAUAUCUGGAGUGGAGCAGCGAAGGUUGUCGGGCCAAAGAUCUGCUUUAAUGGUAAAAUCAUUAUGAGUAAUGUGUUGAAUAAUGUUGGCCCUGGAAUCAACAUUGUGGAGAUAAAUGGGGAAAGAGGAGCUGUGGAAAAAUUUUACUUUCUUAAUAUGGAAUCUGGAGACAAAGAUCAAAUAUUGAGUUACCUGAGGGAAAUAAAACCUGGAAGUAUCAUUUUGGCGGCCUCUUACGUAGAUGUGACUCAAAGAAUGACGGACGAAAUGAGAGAAAUAUUUGAGGGGAUGGGAAGCUCUAUGAUCAAAACUCUAAACUCCCAUGACAGUUGGGUGUUUGCUGGAAAGGUGGGGAUGAAAGAAAAAAGCCUCUUUGAGAAACUGGUUGUUAGCGAUCCAAAAACUAACAUUUAUGGUGAAUGGCCACGGGUGGCCGAGCUGGGCGGCUGCUUCCCAGCGAUUGAUGAAGACAAUAUAAAUGCUCCUGAGACAAAAGGGAAAAUUUGAUGGCAGUUUACUUCACGUCUAGAAAAACAAUACCCCCCAAACAAACUCUCUCGUAUACACAGCUCUGUUUACAACCAGCAAAGCAGUUCGGAUAUAGUUGCUUUGUUUUACCAAUGUGCGAACAAAUUGUUCCCAAUUCAUUUUUAAAUGAGACGUUGGCAGCUUUCUGGGUUUUUAUUUACUGAUUUCUAUGUAAAGCACUAAACAUACUUUUCUGAAAAAAUAAAAUAAAAUCAGAGCAUGUGAUGAUUCUACAUGCGCCUUGCUAUUCUCCAGUUUCCUGUAAGCUAACUCAAGGCUAGAGUUAGCUUAGAAAUAGAUUCAGUAAUCCUUUGAUUUGACAUAUUACGUUCCCCAUUAAACUAGGGUUAUUGAUCGAAUCAUAUCUGUCAUGGGCAUUGCCUGCUUACUAAUGAAAACUACGAACUAGUUAAUAAAGAAAACAACUGUCUUUAAUGGGUCAAGCUAAACCCUGAAAACGUUCUGGCUGGUUAUGUGUGUGUGUGUGUGUGUGUGUGUGUGUGUGUGUGUGUGUGUGUGUGUGUGUGUGUGUGUGUGUGUGUGUGUGUGUGUGAUUGGGUAUGUUAAAGGGCUAACUUGACAACUUUCCACCAUUAACCAUUGAUAACAAACUCAACUCAACUCACAUUUUGUCAAAUCAGAUUGUAGUUUUAAUGUGUAAUGAGUCUAAGUGUACAUUUCGUACUGAUUGUAAAGUCACCUGAUGCAAGUUUGUCAUUUGUGUGUCUGGGCCUUAUUAAAAAACUG